AUGGCUCUCUCAUCAGAGCCGCAACCAAAAAAGGUCUGGGCCUCCCUAAUAACAAACCUCUCCUACCUCCCUGGCCUCCUAACGCUGCACCACUCUCUCCGCCGCACACAAACAACCUACCCCUUCAUCGCCCUCUACACACCCACAUUCCCAGAGUCCGGCCUUUCCGCGCUGACCGCGCGCGGAAUCCGCACCCUCGCCGUCCCCGCCAUAAAACCCGCAAUAACAGACCGGAAAUACGACGCCGAUCCGCGCUUUGCAGAGACAUGGAAUAAGCUCGUCGUAUUCUCGCUACAGGAUGUCUUUGAUCGUGUGGUGCUCCUGGACGGGGAUAUGCUCGUUAGGAAGAAUAUGGAUGAAUUGAUGGAAAUCCCGCUCGACGGGGACGCAAACGAGCAUGAAGACGGGGAGGAGGACGAGCAUGACGGGCUGGGCUCCGGGAGGAGGGUGUUUGCGGCGAGUCAUGCCUGUGCUUGUAAUCCUAUGAAGAAGGCGCAUUAUCCGGCUCAUUGGAACCCCCGAAACUGCGCCUUCACGACACAACACAAAACACCCACAAUAGCUCAAUCCACCGGCGCGCCCAGCACCUCCGGCGUCGGGAUGCUAAACAGCGGCCUCCUAGUGGUGAAACCGAGCUUAGCGACAUUCCGCGCAAUAGAGACACUACUAAAUGCACCGGAGAAGGUCAACAGUUAUACAUUCCCGGACCAGGAGUUACUCUCUGAGGCGUUCAGGGGCCGAUGGGUGCCAUUGCCGUAUGUGUAUAAUGCGCUUAAGACGAUGAGGGCGGGGGAUGUGCAUGGGCCGAUUUGGAGGGAUGGGGAGGUGAAGAAUGUACAUUAUAUCUUCGCGGUAAAGCCGUGGCAGGAGGAGCCGCCGAGUAAAGAGGGUGAAGAGCAAGAAGGGGAGGGGGAUGUGAAUGAGUGGUGGUGGGAGGCGAAUUGGGAGAGGCAGAGGGGGGAAAGGGAGAGGGGGAUUGAAGACGGUUAUUGA